AUGAGGUCGAGGUCUCACCCUGUUCCUCUCCCAGGCUCGCACUCGCUGCGGUAUUUCCGCACCAUUAUGUCCCGGCCCGGCCUCGGGGAGCCCCGGUUCAUUGCAGUGGGUUACGUGGACGACACGCAGUUCGUGCGCUUCGACAGCGACGCCGAGAAUCCAAGAUAUGAGCCACUGGCGCCUUGGGUGGAGCAGGAGGGGCGGGAGCAUUGGGAGAGGCAGACAAGGUUUGUCAAGAACAGCGAGCAGGUUUACCGACAGAACCUGAGGACCCUGCUGGGUUACUACAACCAGAGCGUGGGUGGCUCUCACACCAUUCAGGUGAUGCAUGGCUGUGACAUGGGGUCAGACAAGCGACUGCUCCGUGGUUACCGUCCGGACGCCUAUGAUGGCCGAGAUUACAUUGCCCUGAACGAGGACCUGAGGACUUGGACCACUGCAGACACAGCGGCCCAGAUCACCCAGCGCAAGUGGGAACGGGCUGGUUUUGCAGAGCAUGAAAAGGCCUACAUAGAGGGCACCUGCUUGGAGUGGCUCCGCAGAUACCUGGAGAACGGGAAGGAGCAGCUGCUGCGCACAGAUCCUCCAAAGGCACAUGUGACCCAUCAUCCUGGACCUAAAGGUGAUGUCACCCUGAGGUGCUGGGCCCUGGGCUUCUACCCUGCGGACAUCACCCUGACCUGGCAGAGGGAGGAGGAGGAACAGACUCAGGACAUGGAGCUGGUGGAGACCAGACCAUCUGGGGAUGGAACUUUCCAGAAGUUGGCAUCUCUAGUGGUGCCUUCUGGGGAGGAGCAGAAAUACACAUGCCAUGUGCACCAUGAGGGUCUGCCUGAGCCCCUCACCCUGAGAUGGGAGCCUCCUCAGGCCACUGUCCCCAUCAUGGCAGUCAUUGCUGUUCUGGUUCUCCUUGGAGUUGUGAUGGUCAUUAGAGCUGUGGGGGCUGUUGUGAGGAAGAGGAAGGGAAAAGCAGGUGGAAAAGGAGGGAACUAUCCUCCAGCUCCAGGUAAGUGUGGGGAGCAGGAUUGUCCCUGA